UUAACAAAAAAACGCAGAUGGCAAAAUGGCAUUGGUCAUCUCCUUCAACAGCCAUAAACUAGUCUCCACCAUGUUGAUUGUUCCUCAAUUUCAACCACUUGUUUCAAUUCUCUGAAACUUUCCCUAAACUUGUAAGCUAUGGAUGCAACUUUAAAAUUUCUGAUAGAAUCCUGACGUGCAAGACAUUACUGUUGCAACCUCAAUAAAUUGAAAGUAGACUCGCACCAAAACAAUCCACAAGUUACUGUUCAAUAUUAAUCAUUAUUUAAUAUAAUAAUUAAUAUUAAAUGAGAAAGACAACCAUCAGUGAAAUCUGUUACAUUGAUUAAGCUCAGGAGGCGUGUUGCUUGAGGAGGAGGAGGAGGAGGAGGAGGAGGUUGUUUAAUAGAAGUAGGCGGUAGAGGAGGAAGGCAUAAAGCACAGAGAAUUUGACGUUGGUAGACUCGAAAACAAGCUGGUGACUGGUGAAUUACUGACUCCUUAGAAUUCCUGAAAUUGAACCAUUUCGUGCAGAAAGUUCAAUUUAUAAGCUCAAAAAUGGCGAAAGUUCCAUCUUUGAUAUCUCUCGUCAUGGAGGCAAUUAAAAGAGAACUCCUUCGCGGAGAUGAUAUUUUACCUGACGUAUAUGAGCUUCCAUCCCAUUUAUUUGAUGUAUUAGUGACAAUGUUACCUCCUUUGGCUUUGCACAAGUUACAAGCUCAAAUGCCAUAUGAGAAUUGGAAUGAUUAUGAGUGUUCUGAUGGUUGCUCGAAAAUUGGAAGAAAGCGUGGAAGAAGUUGUAACUUCGAUACAGCGUGGAAGAUGUUAUUUCAGUCGCGCUGGCCCUGGCUUGUUGACAGUAAUGAAUCGGUUGACUGGCAGCAGACAUAUUGGCAAACACAUUUGCAAAAUUGCCUUGAUGAAGCAGCAGGAUUAGCUUCUACACCCUCAUUUGAUGGAUACAUUGCAGAUUUGGAAAUUUCAGAUGAUAUAUUGAAAUCUAUCGGUUGUGAAGGACAUUUGAACCCUUCAACUUAUUCAAAAUUAUCUUACCACUUUCAACAAUUUGGGCACUUUGCUAGAUGUUUGAGACUUCAAAAUGUUCUGUGUAUUUCGGAAACUUGUCAAUUAUUGAGAAACAGCAAAUUGGAAAGUUUGGCAUUACGGUGGAUCAGAACCAAGGAAUAUGUGGAUGGAUUAUGCCAAUUACUGGUCCAAAACAGUGAAACAUUGACAUCUCUGGAACUUAUUCACUGCAGCCUUUCAUCGACUUCUGUAAAUGCAAUAUUUGAUUCUCUAGAAAUAAAAAAUAAAAAGACAUGGGUCAUGCAGAGCUUCUCAGUCAAGGCAACAAGCUUCCUUGAAACUGAUGCGGUUUCGUUACCACUUUCCCUUGUAUCAUUUCUUUCAUUAGGAAGGUCCUUGUGUUCAUUAAGAUUUUGUGGCAACUACCUAGACCGAAAAUUUGCACACAUGCUUUUUACUGUGCUUGUCAAUGCUUCCUCAAGCAUAUCCCUCCUUGACCUUUCAGACAACAAUAUAGCUGGGUGGCUUUCUAAUUUUAACUUGGCAUCCUCAAGCAGGCUUCCAUCAUCUCCAGAAAGAGGCAAAUCUUUGCAGUCAUUACGUGUGCUCAAUUUAAGGGGAAAUAGUCUACACAAGGACGAUGUGGAGAGUCUGAGAUAUGCACUUCUUUGCAUGCCUAAUUUGGAGAUCCUGGAUUUAAGUGACAAUCCCAUUGAAGAUGAAGGAAUCAGAUGUUUGAUCCCUUAUUUUGUUGAGCCUCUGGAAAGAUUCUCUUCAUUAGUGGAGCUGAAUUUGGAAAACUGUGAGCUUUCCUGUGAUGGAGUGACGCAACUUCUAGACACCCUUUCAGCCCUACAAAGACCAAUAAAAUCUCUCUCACUUGCAGAUAAUGGCCUUGGCAGCCCAGUAGCUGGCGCUUUGGGAAAGUUUUUGAGCACAUCGAUUAGAGAACUUGAUAUUGGGGGCAUAGGACUAGGCUCAGCUGGCUUCGAGGAACUACAAAAAGAAAUGAUGGCAGAUUUGAAGCUUGUCAAGAUAAACAUAAGCAAAAAUCGUGGUGGGCUUGAAACUGCCAAAUUUUUGUCCAAGCUCAUGUCAUCUGCUCCUGAUAUUGUUUCGGUUGAUGCAUCAUAUAAUCUUAUGCCUACAGAAUCCUUAAUCAUAAUAUGCUCUGCUCUAAAGGCUGCAAAAGGUAACCUUGAGUGUUUGGACUUGAAUGGGAACACCUGGGACUGGCAGCAAGCUCAUGCUUCCAUCCUUGCUGAAUUCCAACAUAAUGGAAGGCCUAUCUUGAUUCUUCCAUUAUCACGUGCCACAGAUGUUCCUUAUGAUGAUGAUCCAUAGAUGACAGAACUUUCAACAUAUUUUUCGGAAGCAGUUAUGCAGCAUUACAUCUUUAAGUUACCAUAGUUGCUCUUCGAACUUUAUGUAGAGUUUCAUAUCCUGGAAUCAGACCUGGGAAACUAAAAUGACGGAAAACUAGGGGAUGGAUAGGAUGGAAGGUGCUACUGUCAAGUUAGCAGCCUAUUGGGCUGUUGGCUAGGUGGUUCUUACUAUUAUUACAUGCUGACUUGAUAUUAGCCUUCAGUUAUUGGUUACUCGGUUUGACUCAUGAGCUGUGUUUUCUGCAGGUCAUUGCAGUCUGUUAGAAGGAUGUUAUGACUUAUGAGUGUAUAUGGUUAUUUUCCCCUUUUAUUCUGAGAUCAUAGUUCAAUAUAUGGAUUUUAAAAUUUAAGAAUUUCGUCCCUUCUGAUUUUCAUUGACAGUGACCUUUUUGUCAAACAGAAUGGUGAUUCAACUUUACUCUCUUGUUGCAUUACAUAGUGAUCUAAUUUUGAUUUACUUAGAUUA